CCAAACACACGACGGUAUCAAUCAUGAGCGAUGGAGAUUGUGCCUUCGACUCCGUCAUCCAGACGGUCGGAAACGAUGGCAAGUUUCAGAAGAGGUUUAACUUCUUGUUCAACUUCGUCCUAGUCGUUCUCACUUCGAUGCCCUAUCUGAACAUCGUCAUCGCAUUGGCCGUUCCUGAGCAUUGGUGCAACGUACCUGGAAGAGAAUAUACCAAUCAUACAAUUGAAACAUGGAAGGAAUUACAUAUACCCAUGGAAUACGACAAUGUGGGCAAAUAUGAUUUCAGCAAAUGCAAAAUGUACAACAGGACCUCCGACAUUGAAAAUCCAGAAAUUAUAAAAUGUCAAGAUGGAUGGGAAUUUGAUAAGACUUGGUACGAUCUGACUGCACCAUCUCAGGAAUCAUGGGUCUGCGACGAAACACUGCACGUGACGAACGCUUUCGUCUUUUCCAGAUUGGGAGAGGUUUUCGGAACGUUCGUGUUUGGGCAAUUGGCAGAUGCAAUUGGUAGAAGACCUGUUUUCUUCAUGACCGUAGUGACAAUCGUCUUGGGAAGGAUGCUUUCCAUUAUAACUGCUUAUUCAGUACCACUAUUUUUCCUGACAACUUUCAUCGGAAGUUUACCUUCAACUUCCGUCUUCCAAGGUCCUCUGGUCAUUGCCAUGGAGAUUUCAAAGAACGAAGACCGCGCUCACAUAGCUAUGAUGCAGUGUCUUGGAUGGACUGUUGGAUUAUGCAUGUUACCACUUCUGAUGUGGGUCUUAAGAGAUUGGUACUACUUUAUGUUGGUAACCACUCUUCCUUGCUUCCUUUACAUGUUUUCUGGAAGCUUCUUGAUUGAAUCUCCGCGUUGGUUGGCGAGUAAAGGAAAGACGAAAAAAUGCGUUAAAGAGUUACAUAAGAUUGCUAAGGUCAAUAACACCAAAGUACCAGAAGAUGCAAUUUAUACUUUAGCUAAGGUAUCUGGAAAGGAGGAGAAGGUGUACGGAAUGUUGGCUUUAUUCUCCAGUUGGAGGUUGGCCAAAAACAGCUUUCUCUUAAUCACCGGAUGGUCCACGACUACUCUAAUCUAUUACACUUUGACUCUUAACGUUAAUAAUUUGGGCGGAAACCCUUUCAUGAACUUCUUCUGGCAAGGAAUGGCCGAACUUCCAGCUUAUAUCGUCGGUAAAUUUGCCAGCGAUAAGUUUGGUAGGCGUUGGACGAACAUCGGAGCUUUCGUCGGAACCUUCCUAGGUUGCAUACCUAUACUAUUCAUAGUUCAUGAUAAAUCAAAUCAGAUUACAGUUGCUGCAAUUUGCGUUUUCCUCAAAUUCAGCAUAUCCUUCGCGUAUUACGUUGUUAAUUUGGAAGCUUUAGAAAUCUAUCCAACUUGCGUGAGGCAAACUGGUAUUUCCAUAGGAGGAAUCGUCGGAAAUGCAUUCGGAAUCUUAGGACCUUACGUCGUUCUUCUAGGAACCGAAAUUGACGCUUCAUAUCCUUACAUCCUCUCAGCCUGUUUAUGUCUUAUCGGCGCUGUUUGUGGCGUUUUCCUUCCGGAAACCUUGAACCAGAAACUUCCAGAAACUCUUGCUGAAGCUGCGGUCUUUGGCGCUGAUCAAAAUCUGCUUGGUAAACGAAGAAAGAGCGUCAAGAUGACGGAAGCCGAAGUUCCUCUCAAAGCGUAAAUCGUUAAUUGUAUUUUAUAAAUACUCGUUACUUAAUACAUAUUUCGUCAGACGAAAUACUUAUUUUUUUUAUAAUAAAAUUAUAGU